CCAUCGCCCCCAACGGCCGCUCGGCUCUGCGCCCGCUCUCCUAGCGAGGCCGUGUGACACCUGGUGCCCUCUGUUCCUGUCCGCCCUCCUCGGGGCCUCUGCCAGGCGGUUGGGCCGGAUGCUGACUGGGCAGCGGGAUCGGGUGCGGCCCCGGGCGCCGGCCGGGCCCGAGCUGUGCGGGCCGCUCCCCGGGGCCUGGCGGGGGAGGUGCGGUGCGGAGCGCCUGCGGGCUGCGGGAACAGCCCAGCAUUAGGGCACCAGCCGCGGCCGCGUGGGCAACCAUUUGUAAAUAUUCUUGCUCCUCAUUUGGCUUCUGAGAGGCUUCUGAGUCAUUUGUCAGUUUCACUACACUGAAGGUUGAGAAAAUACUCGUAAAGAAGAAUUGCACAAUCUGAAAGACUCGAUACAAAGAAUGGAGUCAAAACCCUCAAGAAUUCCUCGCAGGAUAUCUGUUCAGGCUUCCAACUCUCCUCUAGGAUCCAGAACUGGAAACAGUUUAUCUGGUGCAUAUAGUACAAGAGAAUCUUCAUGGAGAUUAGAAUCUGGAUACCAGGAAUCCGGUGUAUUGAAUAGUUCCAGUAGAGACUGGAGUAUUGGAGAAAGGGACACCCGUGAAACUCCUUGGAAGCUUACAGCGUCAUCUCCAACUCGCUACUCAGGGACCAUUGAUCACCCUCAUUCUGGAAGAUUUUUGGGAAGCAGAAGCAGAUUGUCUACAUCUUCUUCCUCUCAUUUCACAUCUGGGUGUUACGGUGAGUCUGAGAGAACUCAGGGAGCAUAUUCAGGACUGCAUAGCCAGCAACAAGAUAGCGAUUCAAAGAGACCUAAACUAUCUUGUACACCUACCUCUUCUGUGAGAAGUAAUGGCUUGGCUGCCUUUUCAGAUUCUUCAUGGAGAUGCAGUAGGAUUCCUAGAUCUUCAUCAGUAAUGCUUGGCUCCCUUGGAACUGAUGUGAUGAGAGAGCGAACACAGUCAGAAAGAAGAACAGAUCUGUCUGUUAAUAAUCUGGUGGAUCCCAGCUACAGAAACAGUGGCUUUUCACCUUCAACAUAUCUUCAAGACAGGCCUGCCUCUUCAUAUGCAGAGGGAGCAAGACCAAAAGAGAACUCAUUGAGCACUUUGAGGCUGAAUGCACCCAUGAACCGCCAGUUGCCUUCUGAUCAUCAGCCAUCUUUUUUCAACAGAGACUCUAACAUGAGCUCUUCAAGAUCCAGCUAUUCUUCAAGACAAAGGAGAAAUGAAUUGGAAUCUCCCCAGAGGAGUGUGCAGCCAGCAUUUUCUCUUACUGCCAUUAGAGAUGAAACCCCUUCCUCAAGUGGUUCCGAAAGGGUUUUAUCUACUCAGAGGUCACUGAAUGAGUCUGCAGCUGACAGUGAAGGGAGGCGCACAACCAGACAGCUGCUGUCUCGUUUAGCAUCUAGUAUGUCAUCUACAUUUUUCUCUCGAAGGUCUAGCCAAGACCCAUUGCCUACAAGAUCUUUAGGCUCUGAAGAGUCAACGGUCAUCCCAAGAGUUCAAGCUACUACUCUGUCAGGUAGUAAUGGAGCUGCAACUCCGGAAGUUCCAGGACUUCAGUCAUCCGAAGCUUCUCAGGGGUUUAGUUUUCUUGGACGAAGAUGGGGUUUAUCAGGAGUUUCACAGAAUCGCAACUCUGAUUCUGAUGGGGAAAGUUACAGAUCAGACACUGAAAGUAGGAGCACAGGAUCCUGGCUGUCAUCCUCUUUGAGGAAUAGAUGUACACCUCUCUUUUCCAGAAGAAGAAGAGAAGGAAGAGAUGAAUCCGCAAGGAUCUCUUCCUCUGAUACAACUUCUAGAUCACAACAUGUCUUUAGAAGGAGAGAGUCAGGUGAGGAGACCUCUCUUGAAGCAUCACAUAACCCUCCACGGGCUUCUGUUAGCAGACCAACACCUGCAGUAUCUGUUAUUUCUACAGCUACUUCCUCCCCACCAGAUUCAGCCCCCAGUGGAAGAAGUUCGGGAAUUCUGCCUGGUUCUCUCUUUCGCUUUGCAGUGCCUCCAACAUUAGGAAGCAGUCUGUCUGAUAAUCUUAUGAUAACCGUAGAUAUUAUUCCCUCUGGCUGGAAUCAGUCUGAUGGACAAGAAAGUGGAGAGUCUAAAAUACCACCUUCAAGAGACCCGGAAAGACUCCAGAAAAUUAAAGAAAGCCUGCUUUUAGAAGAUUCUGAAGACGAAGAGGGUGACUUAUGCAGAAUCUGUCAGAUGUCCUCUGCAAGUUCUGACAACCUUUUAAUAGAGCCAUGCAAAUGCACUGGAAGUCUGAAAUAUGUUCACCAGGAGUGCAUGAAAAAAUGGCUGCAGUCAAAGAUAAAUUCAGGUUCUUCUUUGGAAGCAGUGACAACUUGUGAAUUGUGUAAGGAGAAGUUGCAUCUUAAUCUGGAAGACUUUGACAUUCAUGAACUCUAUAGGGCACAUGCAAAUGAACAAGCAGACUAUGAAUUUAUCAGCUCUGGUCUCUACCUUGUAGUGUUGUUACACUUAUGCGAGCAGCGCUUUUCUGAUAUGUUAGGAACUGCAAACGAGGCCAGCACACGUGUCAGGCUUCUGAAGAUGAUUCUGAAGACUGAUGCUGGUAGAAGUUUCAUACUGCAAGAAACAAACGGAAUUGCUGCCGAAAUGCUGAACUGGCAAGAACAUCAACAUGCAUUUGUUUUAUUCCUCUCCUUAGUAAAAUGUGCAUUGAAUAUUACUGUAGUUUUUGAAGCAUUGUUGAAUUCAAAAUCAACUGCUGCACAGUGGAGCUCAGUGGACUUGAGAACUACUCAGCAUGUGUGAGGAUUAGAUACAUAGAAAGCAACUUCCCUUUUUAAAUUAUGAGAAUGUCGUGCUUUGUUUUGGAAGACAUCAGGUUCUGAAUAUUUAAGGAAGCUCUAUCCCCCUUUGUGUUUUUCUUCUUACUGUAGUCAGACCUCUGGUUUUGUCUUACCGAGUUUUGCUCCUGUACUGGCACAAAGGGAUUAUAGUGGGUUUCAGGGGGAGGGUGGGGGUGCCCGUGUACUUAAAUAGGUUUUGUUUGGGUGUUCUUAAAUGCCUCUUUUGCCGCAUCAUAUAACUGAUUGCUUCCAUUGUUAAUGAAUGAACAGGAGGAUAAGCAAGAUACUGAAGAGACUGUUAGGGUUUGGGCUUAUUUGAAGAUUAUUAUUUAACUCAAAAAGCAAUAAGAACUUGCAGUGGUCUUUUAAUACUUGGUGAUGGCUUUUUUAUGUACCAGUUUGGAAAUCUGAGAUUAUAUUUGAUAUCAUGUGGCUGUUCCAUUAUGGAAUAUUGCAGGCGUAAACUCUUGCAUUUCAGCAUUCCUAGCAGAUAUGCAACUUAACAAAGACCUAAGGUUGUUUAAUUUAAUCAGACUUUUUUUAGAUCCCACCUUCACUGUUCAAAGCACUGGUUAUCAAUGUGUUUUCUAGUGUUGUCACUUCUUUAUAAAUAAAGACAAAAGAGGUAUGCAUCUCUACUGGUAUUGUCCAUUUUAUUUAAAUGUGGAUCUCUACCAGGACCUGCACUUGAAAACAUAGAAAGCUGUAGACUGUGGUAUAUCUUUACUAAUGUUUAUAAAUUCUUACCCAGAUAUUUAAGAUUGUUCUGACCAUUUGGAUUAAAAUGCUUUCUACAAAUGGUCGUACAAUAAAUUCUUCUACAUGUAUUGGAAUUGUAUUUCCUACAGAGAUGUGAUAGUUUUGUAAUUACCACAGUAACAAUGUAUCUGCAAAUAGUACAGUAUGUUGAAAUGCCAUGAGUUUAGUUUGUUAUAGUAUGUAAAACUAACUUGUACAGAUGAAAGGAUGUGCCUUACCAGCCAAAAUGAACUCAUGAUUUUUAGAGUUAACUUUGCUAGCAUUACAUGAGGUGGCCUGUCAUCUGUAAGACUUGAAAGAAAAUGGAAUGCUAAGGAAAUGGCAUAUUUCUAUGCCCUUUGUGGUAACUUCAGGCAUUCAAUGCCAGAAGUUACAAGUAUUACUCAGUAAUUAGUUGAAAUACAUCUCUGGGACAUUGAUCUGAAAAAUGAAGGUCCAGGCAGAUGUGAAGAUGUUUCUAACUCAUUUCUGAAGAAGGUGAAUUGAAGCUUAUUAAAGUGUUCAAUCCUUGCUGAGUUAGAUGGUACAGCUUAAUAAAAUGUCAUACAGUGAAGCAGUAUUUCAUAUGCACUCAAUACAUUUAGGGUUACAAGCAUGGAUUCUGAUACCCUAAUAAAUUGAUGACUUGAAGGAUA